AGUUAACCUGCCUGAACAUAAACAAGUAAAACAGCCUCACCUACCCCUGUCCUCACUCAACUUCACCCACCCACUUUACCCUGCACUGCCUCACACUUGAGACGACGACAACAACAACAACCGUCUUUCUUAAAUAAAAAGCUUUCGUAUAUAACACUUUAUUCUUCACACUCCAUACUCCAUACAUAGCUAACAAACAAUUAUGGAUUUGAGUGCUAACUCCAACGGCACUAGCAGCAGUGAAGAGAGUGAAUUGUACCACGCACAGAUCCACUUGUACAAGCAUGUCUACAACUGGGUUAGCUCCAUGGCUCUCAAGGCUGUUAUGGAGUUAGGCGUUGCUGACGUCAUCCACAACCACGGUAAACCCCUCACUAUCUCUCACUUAGCCUCUGAGCUCAAGCUCCACCCUUCCAAAGUCGGCGCCCUCCACCGUUUCCUCCGCCUCCUAACACACAAUGGUUUCUUCGCCAAGACCAAGCUUCUAGAAGGACAAGAAGAAGAAGACGCUUACGCUCUCACCCCUCCCUCCAAGCUUCUCAUCAAGAGCAAACCAACGAAUCUUUCGCCCAUCGUGAAGGGAUCACUCCAUUGGAGCUCCCUUAACAUGUGGCACUCUUCCGAGAAGUGGUUCACUGAGGACAAGGAACAAACCAUGCAUGAGACCUCUUCUGGAGGACAGAGCUUCUGGGAUUUUCUCAACAACAACCCUGAUUGCAUCGCCAUGUUCCAGGAAGCCAUGGCCGCUGAUUCAUACAUGUUCAAGAUUGCGCUCAAAGAGUGCAGGCACGUGUUUGAGAAUCUCGGCUCCAUUGUUGAUGUUGGUGGUGGUACUGGUGGUGUCUCCAAGCUUAUUCAUCAAGAGUUUCCGCAGUUGAAGUGCACCGUUUUCGACCAGCCGGAGGUUGUUGGUAACCUCAAAGGAGAUGGGAAUUUGAACUUUGUUGGCGGUGACAUGUUCAAAUCGAUCCCUUCUGCUGAUGCAGUCUUACUCAAGUGGAUUUUACAUGACUGGAAUGAUGAGCAGGCCUUGAAGAUAUUGAAGAACAGCAAGGAAGCUAUUUCGGAAAGAGGGAAAGAAGGGAAGGUGAUAAUCAUAGACAUAUCCAUCGAUGAAACCAGCGAUGAUAAGGAAUUGAUUGAGCUGAAACUGGAUUAUGAUUUGGUGAUGUUGGCAAUGUUCAAUGGAAAAGAAAGAGAGAAGAAGGAAUGGGACAAGCUCAUCCAUGAAGCAGGCUACAGUAGAUACACCAUUACCCCAAUUUGUGGCUUCAAAUCUCUUAUUGAAGUUUACCCUUGAUUUUAUUUCAAAGUGUUUUGUUAUGAUGUCUAAAAAUUAUUGUCUAAUUAUUAAAAAAAUCAAAUAAUUAAUUUUAAAUUAAUUAUUAUAAAAAGCAAAUUAGACACCAAAUAAAAAUACCAUAAAAUUAGCCUUAUUUUGAUAUGAGUAAUCUGUUUGUAAUAAUCAACUCUAUAUCUUAUGCUACUUAUGUUUCAACAAAGGAUUAGUUGAGAUUCAACGCAUCAUGAAGUGUUAUUUAAUUUUUAACUUCUUAA